UUUCAGCUUGCUCAGCACAAUGCUGACCAAAAAUGAGCUUAUUCAUAUGAUAUCCGAACUGAUAACUCCUCCAGCAGAAACAUGGAAAAAUGAUCCGUUUGAGCUACUGGUGAAGAAAUGCCCGAAGGAUCUGUUUGAAAAGUAUGUAGACACACCAAACGAAGAUUCAAUUCCAUCUACUUCUGAUGAUGUUAGAACUGUCAAUGCCGAUGUCAGAAUUUACUAUUCUCAAAUUCUCGGAGGUCUUUAUCUUGAUCUUGCGAAUUUGCUCAAAUCAGAACGUGCGAACUGCUCCGACGAAUACCAGCUUUUGUCACUUCAAGAUGUCACACUUGUGAGAAAAUCAUUCGAAUUCUUCUUGCUCACCGGUAUCUUGCCAUUUAUGGAGCCCGGUGCCGGACUCGGAGCAGCCUCACGCAGUACAUUCAUCAAAUCGUGGAAACUAUACGAUGGAAACAAAGAAACGUGUAUUGAAAAGCUUGAGUUUGCUGCAAAAGUGAUCAUAAAUCUUCUGGAAAGCAAUGAAUCUCUCAUCGGUCAAUUCUUGACAAAAUUCAUCGACGAUGUGCUCGCCGUUCGUUUCCAGCUUCUUCAGCUGAAAAUCGAUAAAUACGAGUUGAACUUCGCUGAGCUGGUCUCAAAACUCCAAAUUGACGUUCUUUUCGGAUCUUUGAUGUUUCUGACGCAGGAUAAGAAGACAGCAAAGACGCCGAUGUGGUUGAAAGUUGCUUGUGGCAAACAGAUGACAAAGAUUCUUGUCGGAAAAGAUGGAUUGUCGUAUCUUUUGCAGUAUUAUCGUGAACGCGCUGGAGAUACAUGGACCGACAAUCUACCAUUGACAAAACAAGUUUCCUGGCAUUUGGCAACUGUUCCAAAAAUGUUCAGACACCCAUUGAACUAUCAUGAGAUUAUCUCGAAUCAAUUCUUCGAACUCUUGUGGAGCCAGAAAAUCCCCGAGCAAAAUACUCUGAACGUGUUCAUCAACUAUGUCGAAGAGCUUCACACUCGUUUUGCUCUCAACGCAAAUCUUACGGUUUUCGACAAAAUUCUGAACUUCUGGGAGGUGCUGGACAAGAAAAUUCAGGAUAAAACGGUCAUGCAUUCGGAGAAAGUGGAGAACUAUUCACCGAAUUUCAUCAGAAAUCUUCAACUUCUGUCACAGCUGCAACUGUCGGCUGAUGUGAAGAGAACUCGUGCGCUGUCUACAUGUUUAUUCGCUUGCGUGGAACAAAUUCCAUAUAUUAAAGAUAUUUUAAAAUCGGCGUUGGAUAGUGUUUUGAGUAUUGGAUACAUAAUUUAUCAAUUUGUAAUGACACCAUCACAUCGUGUUGCUUUGGAAAAGAAAUUUGUAACGUCAUCGAAAAUUCAGGAAAUUGGUGGAGAUAGCAAUGGAAAUGACACUCCGUUCGAUGAAAUGUGGCUUCACGGAAUUGAAAGUACUGAUGAAGGUGUAGCUCGUCGCCUUGAAACCGCAUUUUUCGUCAUCGACAAUGUUCUGACAUCGGCACAAAUUCGCCCAAUUCUAGAGAUGAUGAAUAUGGCGUUGGAUGACUUUUUGAAAGUUUCCGAGAAAGAGCGAGAAGAUGAUCAAGCUAGAUUUGUACAAUUGGACGGAGCAAAGUUGUUCUCAUCAUCCCAUGCGCAUCUUGUCGUCGGAGCAUGUUUUGAGAGAAUCAUAAAUUUGGCUCAAGAUUCUGGUUUCUCACAGGAAGAAUGUGUUCAAUUGUUGAGAAUUGCCGAGUCCAUCCUUAACAAUUGUACUGGAAAAUUUAUGCGUAUGGCGAAUAGAAAACGAAAUGUCGAUGUUUUUCGAAUGACGCCGACAGAGAAGAAAGAAUUUGAGUGCAGCCGAGACUCUGCAAAAAUGUGUCUUCCAAUGAUCAGCACAGUAUUCAUGCUGACUCAAACAACAACUCGAAUGCACGAUGUUCAUAUCAGAUCCAUGGAAGCCAUGGCAAACUUUACAAAAGCUGCUGACGCUUUUCCAUCCGAAGAUGUUUCUUUUAAUUUAGCUGUUGACGAAGCUAAGAAACUGCUCAGAGAUCUCAAAAUUGACGUGAAUCAAGUCAACGCACCAACUCUGCCACAAAGAACCGAUCGCCAACGAUAUAAUCAACAAGUUGACGUUUGUAAUGAGUGGAUUGAAGAGCUUCAUGACGAUGAGCCAGCUAUCAAAGGAGGAGCAUUAAUGCAAAUUGCUAGAGUAUUCCGAAACAGAACGUAUCACUGUCAGAGGUUGUUCGAAUAUGGAGUAUUUGAUGCUGUCAAAGAUAUGGUCGCCGAUGAUGAUUCAUACGUAUAUUUGUCUGCAAUCAAUUGUCUCUGUGAAAUGGGACUUUACAAUAAGAACAUGUUUGAGGAUACAAUUGAAUAUUAUGAAGAGAUGUCAAAUCAACCUCAGAAAGACACUAAAAUGAUCAUUCGUGUUGGAAGAGUCGCUGAAGCGAUUGGAAAACUUUUGCUCGCACGUGGAGAGAUUUCUGUCACCUAUUUCGAUCGACUCGCCACACUUUUCAUGAAAGGAAUCGAUGAACCAGAAGAGAUUCUUCGUGCCAGCAGUUGUGGAGCUUUUGGAAAUCUUAUGAUUGCUACUCGUGGACGAGGAUCCGAGAAAUGGUUGGGACAGGUGUUCCAUAAAAUUGUCAAUAUUAUUCGAGUCGAUCGAUCGCCACUUGUUAGACGUUCGGCUGCUGAUCUCAUUCGUCAUAGCUUACAAUCAACUGGUAGAGAUAUGCUGGCUAUUCUCCGAGAACAUCUUCUCGAUCUUCACCGCGAAAUUCGUCAACUUCAUCGAACGGAUCGUGAUGAGACUGUCCGUUUACACGCUCAAUUAUGUCUCGAAGAAAUUGAAGCAGCACUGCGUCAAAAUCAAGAGGACACUGAAAGAGGAUAUCACAGAAGAAUACGGUUCUAAUAUCAAUGUUUAUUGUCAUGACAAAAAUAUUCUGAGAUUAUUUAUCAGUUUAUAUAAUUUUCUAGAGGCUUUAUUGAGUUGUAAGCGAUUUUUGUUUCUUUUUUUCCUUUUUUUGUUCUGAUUUUCAUUUUUAACAUUUUUCUUCAUAUGCGGAAUAUUUUAUUAAAAUUAAUUCCCACCGCCCCCCGCCCCCCAAUUUCCAAAAUCUCAUUCACAAGACUUGUCGUUCUCUUUUCUCAUUUCUUGGUAUUUUUCGCAUCAAUUGUUUCGUUCUUAUGGAAAUACUUUCUUUUUCAUAUUAAAGUUUUGUUAAAAGUG